CUGCCAAAAAGUCACAAUCAAGAAGUCUGAUGUAAUCAAUAACCUUUGAUCCUAAUCAUCCAUUUCAACUUUUCGUAUUAAGGCCCCACGUGUGGUUCAUACACCAUGGGUGGCACUUGCUACCAAAAAUCUCUAGUUCUUACAUUGCAUAGAGAUGAACGGGACCUGUAAUUUGGUCAUUAUCAUCAGAUAGUUACAGGCUUGCUGAAAGAAAUGUCACAAGCAGCAGUAAAGCCAGACGGGUCUGAUUCUCCGGCAAGAAAAUCUUGCAUGUUUUACAAGUUGAUGGUUGCUUCCAUUCUCCAAGACAAAAAGCUGAUACCAAAAAAGUUUGUCAACAAAUAUGGAGAUGAACUUUCUUCCGUUGCCACACUUACUGUUCCCUGUGGUCGUAUCUGUCUAGUGGAAUUGCAAAAAGUUAACGGCAAGUUAUGGUUUCACAAGGGUUGGCAUGAAUUUGUAGAAUGCUACUCCAUUCGUGUUGGGUAUUUCUUGGUCUUCAUAUAUGAAGGAAAAUCAAACUUCAAUGUUCAUAUGUUUGAUUUGACGGUUUCAGAGAUAAAGAAUCCAUGUAAUUCUCUUAGUCAGUUGCAAGAAUCCAGCCAUGACAAUCCAUGUCUAUUACCCAAUGAGAAAGAUGAUGGCCUUGAAAAAGUCUUGGGUUUCAGACCUCCAUCUCCUAAUCUCCUUUCCUCGAUAACAAGCAAAAAUUGUAAUGAAUAUAUCCAUUGCAACUGGAUUCAAUCUACUUCCACUGCUAGUCUAGAGAAGCCACAUGUAAGAACAGAUGUAUACAAUAUGAGAGAAAACUUUCAAUCUUCUCGAGACAUAGGUACACAGUUUAAUGGGAUGGAGCUUACAAGUACCGAGGAUGGAGCUGGUUCCGUUAUCCCAGGCAUAACAAGAAAAACCAGAGGACGCAAACGGAUGAGUGAGAAUAGCAUCCAGAACGUGAAACUAAAGUCGACCCAUGUAAGAAAUACUUCUGAAACUCUUACAAGGAGGCGGAGAGCUGUAACACCGGAGGAAAAGGAAAGGACAAUUCGUGCAGCUCACAUGUUCAGGUCUGAUAAUCCUUUUUUCCGGGUUAUCUUGCGACCAUCUUAUGUAUAUAGGGGAUUUCUUCUGCACAUCCCGUCCAGUUUUGCGCGGACCUUUUUGAACACGGUUACAGGAUUUGUCACACUUCAGGUUUCUGAUGGAAAACAAUGGCCUGUCAGAUGCUCUUUCAAGGAUGGUAAAGCAAAGUUGGGCCAGGGGUGGACGGAAUUUGUUUGGGAAAAUAAUUUGGAGGAAGGGGAUGUUUGUAUCUUUGAGUUGAUUCAUGCAAAAGAAAUUGUGCUGAAAGUUGCUGUAUUUCGAGUGCUUGAAGAUGCAGCACCAACUGGCCAACUUUCAAAUUAGAUUCAGUCAGACAAAAACUAAUCAUAGUUUUUGUAGGAGGUGAAUUGUAAAACAUCAAUCAGGCGUAUCACUCUUCGUGUUCUAUUAGUUUGUUAACCUUUGUUUAUUCAGCUGGAACCUGAUGCAUAUUGCCAAUGUAACAUGAUUGAUCUUUUAUCUGC